AUGACCGACGAGGCCCACAUUACCGGCAUAGCCGUGCGGGAAGCGCUGCGAGGCAAUGGCGUGGGUGAACUACUGCUCCUGGCUUCGGUCGAGCUGGCUUUGGACCGAGGCUCGCGUGUGGUGACCCUGGAGGUGCGGGUGUCCAACCACGUGGCCCAAUCAAUGUACACCAAGUACGGAUUCAAAGAGUGGGCCUGCGCAAGAGGUACUACACCGACAACAAUGAGGACGCCUACAUAA